AUCCAUAUAAAUUCAAACGACUGAUAACAGAAUGCUCGCGGAAAAACGAAGCAAAUUGAAGAAGAAAAAUGGCGUCAGCAUCAUUGCUUCUUCCAUUCGGUUCUUCAUUUUCCAAAUGCUUAUCUGGGCGUCAUCAAACAGUUCGAAAAAUCAGCAUUGAAGGUUUUAUGAUACAGUGCUCAAGUUCAGAAUCUAGGCUGCAAGCUUCAAAGACUAUCGAUCACAUAAAGGAGUGGGAAUUUGUGAAGCGUAGAGACAUAAUUGGAUUAGGUUUUGGCCUGUCAGGCCUUCUGCUAGGCUCAUCUUCUGCAAAAGCAGCUGGAUUACCCCCAGAGCAAAAAUCAAGGUUGUGCGAUGAUGACUGUGAGAAAGAGAUAGAAAAUGUACCUAUGGUAAGUACUGAGUCUGGCUUGCAGUACAAGGAUAUCAAAGUUGGUAGAGGACCAAGCCCUCCAGUUGGAUUUCAGGUUGCCGCAAAUUAUGUUGCCAUGGUUCCCUCCGGACAAAUAUUUGACAGUUCACUGGAGAAAGGCCAGGUUUACAUUUUCCGAGUCGGCUCUGGUCAGGUGAUCAAGGGACUGGAUGAAGGGAUCCUGAGCAUGAAAGUUGGAGGAAAACGUCGACUCUACAUUCCAGGACCAUUAGCUUUUCCAAAAGGCCUCACAUCAGCUCCAGGAAGGCCACGAGUGGCUGCUAAUAGUCCAGUUAUAUUCGAUGUUAGUUUGGAGUACAUACCUGGCCUUGAAGAUGAAGAAGAGUAAACGUCACUAAACUUUCAUCCACUCCAACCUUCACAUUCAAGAGGUUCGCUAUGUCUAUGUAUUGUAUAUUUCCAUUACUACAUUCUUUAAACUACACAUUUCAUUUCGUGUAUCAUUGGUAUAAAUCGAGAAGUCUAGGUGUAGUUCUGUCAAUUUUUGAUCAACGGGUCCUGAGAAAUGAAAGAAAUUGUGAUUCUGCCUCA